UUGUCACUUACACAAAUUAUAUAGAAAUUGUUGUAAUUCUCCAUAGACUUUUUUCACAUAUUAUUCACACACAUUAACAGUUAUAUACAAAAACCAGUUACUCCUCCUCCCCCGAUUCACCGCCAAUAUUUCAUUUUUUUUACCAUAAUCAUCUGCAUAACAAAAUUAACGUUUAUACAAAAAACAAAACAAAAAAAAUGGCAAACGAUUCACCCACUCUCCGACAAUUGGCCUAUCUGGAUGAACUUAAGAUGCGGCUAGAUAAUUUACGUGAUCGUCAGAUGGACUUCAUCGCCCAAACGGCCAAAAUUCUGGAAAGCAUGAGUUCAUCUGGAUUAGUAGACAACCCGGAAAUUGAUGUGCCAGCAGCCGCAGUUGUCGUUGCUGCCGCUGCUGUUGCAUCACCCACAGCCCCAAAGGACACAAACUGUGUGAAGAAAGACGAAUCGACCAAUGGUUGUAAAAUCAAAGAUCUUGUUCAACGAUUCGAGGAUUUGCGUAAAACUUCGGAACAAUUCACUGAUCUACCUGUGCCCCAGGAACUAGUUGGUGUCGAUGUACGCAGACUACUCACGGGCUAUGAGAAACUCAUUGAGGAUGGCAACGUGUUGCAACAGUCGUGGUAUUUACUUAAGAAAUCUACAGAAAGUUGUGCACGUCACACCCGCAAAGAAGAACUCCCAUCGACUUCAGAAAUUUCUUUAUCCCCAGACUUGCAAAUAUAUCCACAUGGUCAAAAUUCAGAAAAGAGUAUAUCCAACAAUGCGAAGACUAAAAGCAGAAAAAAAAUAUCCAAAAACAGCGAUGACUUAACUAAUUGGAGUUACAGUAAACAGAAAUAUGGUCGAACUGAUCAUGCUCGUUGGGGGCCGCUACUCCAAUUGCUAAUGCGUCUCAAUCCAUUGCAUCGCUGCCAGAGAGUCAAGAGUCGUAGUGCCAGACAAAAAAAAUUUGUUUAGAACAGAACAGAAAUCUAUAGCCAAAAUGUAAAACAGAUAUAAUUUAAAAAUAAAUAAAGUGAAACACUUAAGUAUACAUAAAUCAAUAGCCAAGCCAACACAUCA